AAAUAGAAACGUUCAAGCAAUCAAGCUUGACGAUGUUACUAUACACUGAAAGAACGCAUAUCACCAGAUUUAGGUAGGCGUUAUAACAUAGUAGUGGAAUUGUUACAGUCUUACAGACUAUAGUAUUAUGCUAUAUGCUCAAAAUCUUAGAGGCUAAAAAAAAACUUUCAUACACUGUUAAGAACGUGGGAGUUAGCCCAUAUAUCUUCAAAUAAUUUUUGAAAAUAAUUUUAGAGUCUUACAUAUUAUGUUAUUUCUUAAGAACGUGGGAGUUAUGCCCAUAUCUUCUAGAAAGUAUUUGAAAAUUUUAAUUUGAAAAAUAAGAAGUUUGAAAUCUAUACACAAAGGGAACCAACUUUCAUACACUGUUAUUAGGCUACCACCACUUUGCAAAUAAAUGAAUAUCUUCAUUUAGGUAUAGUUAUUUUUGUUUUAAAGCCACAUCCAAUGGUGAGAACAAAAAAGACAAAAAAACAAGGGGAAAACAAAGUAAUAUAACUGUUCUGAAAAAAAAAAACUUAAUUUUGCAAUAAAACAUAUUUAUCAUAGAUCUUUCCUCCCCAAAAUCACAAAACCAUUCACAUCUUCAAAAGUUAUUGUUUCAUUGAUUCGUUUGUAAAUUGCAACUGCAACCGUAGUAGAAACAUUAAUUAGGGUUUUUAAACCUCGAUCGUCCAUCGAUUCUUUUCGCAUUUUUACCAGGUCAAUGUAAUUAGCCUGAAAGAUGGGUAAGAUAACGCUUGGAUCUCACACGGUAAAGAGCCAUGGAUGGAAAGUGGCUCGAGAGCAUCUAAUUGACUGGAUCAUCCUCGUCCUCCUCGGUAUUGUCAUCAUUGUUCUCAACAUUAUGGAGCCUUUUCAUCGCUACAUCGGGCCAGACAUGUUGACCGAUCUAACUUUCCCAUUGUAUCAAGACACCAUCCCUAUUUGGGCUGUCCCGAUUAUUUGUAUAUUGGUUCCGAUAUGCAUCUUCACAGUGUACUAUUACUUUGGAAGAGAUGUUUAUGAUCUUCAUCACGCCAUUCUCGGUAUUGGAUUCUCAUGUCUUGUGACUGGAGUCACCACUGAUUCCAUCAAAAAUGCGGUCGGUAGGCCACGACCUAACUUCUUCCACCGAUGUUUUCCCGAUGGUAAAGCGAAAUUUGAUUCGGUUACUAAGGAUGUUGUGUGCCAUGGACUUAAAAAAAUCAUCAAAGAAGGUUACAAGAGUUUUCCUAGCGGUCACACUUCCUGGUCCUUCGCCGGUUUAACUUUCCUUGCAUGGUACUUAUCGGGGAAGAUCAAAGUCUUUGACAGAAGAGGACACGUGGCAAAGCUAUGCCUUGUGUUCUUACCAAUACUCGUCGCAGUUCUCAUCGGAAUAACACGCGUCGACGACUAUUGGCACCAUUGGACCGACGUCUUCGCCGGUGCGAUCAUCGGAAUAUUUUUCUCAUCUUUAUCUUACCUCCACUUUUUCCCUUACCCAUACGACGACAAUGGAUGGGCACCACAUGCGUAUUUUAGAAUGUUGGCCGAGAGUAGUCGUCGUGACACAACGAUGACUCGGAGCGGUUCACGAGAGAUGUUGGAAAACGACGUUGAGCUUGGCUCUACCUCCAUGCCGCACCAUCGUAAUCGAGGAAGCACUGAUUCUGAAUGAUAAUAUUCCUGUGCACAUUUUAAUUUAUUUAUGUGUGUAAUUUAUAACUACAUGAUUAUAUAUGUGUAUGUCUGACUUACUGGUAAUUUGUUACUACAGCUAAAAUGUUACUUUGCCUAAAAUGUACAUUUCAAUAAGUAGCAUAUAACUGUUGUUAACCGUGUUCUCAAAGAUGUUAGUCUGGUUAGCAUUGGUUUAGUUUGGUUUUAAUUUUCUCUUGGGGUUCUGAUUUCAACGUUGGAUCCGUAUAAAUUAAGCAAAGUGUUUCUUCCUUCAAAAUAUUUGUAAUUUUAACCGAUUUAUAUUUUUUUUUUGUCAAACAGAGGUUCUGUGUACUCAAGUUUAGCUUCCAAAACGAAGUUUUUUUUUUUCUUUUGAUAAUCCAGGAUAUCUGGCGGGCCAAGUUCCAACCGACUAAUCUCAUAGGAGCUUGUUUACCGGCAUCAGACAUAUCUAGAUGCUCGCAAUGAAAAAUAAAUAUUCAUGUCGGCUAGCCACACAAACACGUAAAUCUAAGUUUGGUAGUUUCAAACUCAGGAUUUUUAACACAAUUUCAAGUCCGCCGUACCAUUUGACAAAUGACAAAGGUUAUGUGGUUAACAAAGUUGAAAUACAUGAAAACAAACAAAGAUAACUAUUUAACGUGACGUUAGUUUUAAACUGUCUCUAUUGUGCUACUUUUUUCUUUACGGCAUCUCUCUAUUGUUCUACAAUUAGUGCUCCAUCUUCGGAUAAAUGAAUCUUAAUGAAGUGUCAUAUUGGGAAUCGAACGUGAAACGUCCGAUUGAAGUUAACCGGACACGGUCACCGAAAGUUAUCCACAUGGGUUUGGUUUUUCAUUUUCCCAUAAGGUCUAGAUUCAUCCAUCUUCUUCGGAGACUAUCCAUGUCAUCUGAACAAUAUUUUCAUCUUUUGAUAACCAGUGAACAAAGCAAAACUACAUUUGUUAUAUGACUUAUAACAUGCAUGCAUAUGAAUCAUUUCAUAUUCAUUUUCAACAGAAGAUGGAGUAUUACUUACAUGGAAGUUUUUUACAACUUUCCGCAAACAAAUUGCAGCUAGCUGUAAUGUUGGAAAUUGUAAAGGAUUUAAAGUUAACCAUGUUAAAUGACAGAAAUAAUCAUAUUUUAUCAAACAUUCUACACCAAGUAAAAUAAUACUACACAGUUUUCUAAAACAUACAAAUCUCGACAUUAUAUUAUUAUGAUAAAUGUGUAUUAACAAAGAAGUUUAGCUCAAAUCUAUACAUUGUUUGAUCUACAUUAUUUUGUAAUAAAAUUUCUUAUGAAACGUUAAGAUAUAAAUUCAGUUUUACUUCUUUUCCAGAUUAGCAAGAUAUAUUCAAUUUUACUUCUUUUACCGAUUAAAAAAAGAGCAAGUCUUGGAUAUAAUCCAAUGAAACAUUAACAUUUGGAAGAAAAAACUACGACUUUUUGCAAAAUUGACCUACAACUUAAAGUCAAACACAAAACUAACAUCUUUUUUUUUUGAAAAUUGGUUUUGCCCUAUU